UAAAUAUCUCAAUCAACCAUUCCUUUCCCUAGUGUCCAGCAGCACCAUAAUAUCUAAUUCACAGUCCCCACUGCUUCCAUUGAUAAUACUUCACUAUCAAUUUAUCACAACCAACACUUGAACAAAAUAUAACUAUAAUGGCUCCAGCUCUGUGCCUAUCACUUCUAACUUCCCUUACAAUUACACCAACACCAGGUAUUUAUAUUAAGAACCCUGCAAAUUCAAAGCACAACAGAGUCAACUCUGUGUUUCAACGUUCUUCCACUUCUAAAUUCAUUGCCAAGGCUAAUGCAAAAGGAAACCAGCAAAACACCAAACCCAAUAGUAUGAUAUGUGCAGAUUGUGAUGGAAAUGGAGCAGUUCAAUGCUCUCAGUGCAAAGGUAGUGGGGUGAACUCUGUUGAUGUUUUCAAUGGACAGUUUAAAGCUGGUGAUUCAUGCUGGCUUUGCGGGGGAAGGAAGGAAAUAUUAUGUGGAAAUUGCAAUGGAGCUGGAUUUGUGGGUGGCUUCUUGAGCACUCAUGAUCAGUAGGGAAGUGGGAACCAUGAUUACCUCAAUGAAUUUAAUUUAUUACUUUCAAGUGACAAAUAUAUGUAAUAUUUGUGUUUGGAUGUAACAACCUAAUUUUUGAGUACGCGAGAUCUUUUCUAAAGACACAUAAUUUUUCAGAAGAUCACCGAAGAAAACACCCUGCUAUAUCAUUAAGCAUCUCAA